AUGACCACUGAGCAGCAGCGCCAGCGCCAGCUACGCUUCCUCCACCCUGACCUUCCGCGGCCGUCGCCCAUCGAUCUGAUAUUGCACCGUCAAGAUGCACGCGGUGCCAAGUCACCACACGAUAACCUCCCUGGCGUCCGCUCUGGGUUUUCACUACCGGAAGCCCUUGAAUCACCAGCUAUCCUCUCUCCUGGCUCGGGCAGUAUCGAACGCCGAGUGGCUUGCGAAAUGUUUAUCGUUGGCACCGGGUCGGUCGUUGCUGCGGCCACAGUGGGUUUGGUCUUUGCUCAGCCCUCUGAGCCGACACCUCAAAGGCCGCCCUCACACAAGAGAAAGUUGACGCUCGACUAUGGAAGUCUCAGAGGUUUCUCGAGGCCCAACACGAGACCCAGCACGAGCGCAACAACGACUGGAGCUUCAAACGACAGAAUUUUUACUUCGUCCUCCAGACCACCGCCCCUACCCUUGGUGCCGAGUUCCGUGAAUAUAAUUCGUUCAUCCCAGGAUUCGAGCCAAGCUCCAUUACAGACCACACCCCCGAAGCCGACGAGUAGGAGACCGUCGUUUGCAAGGCAAAGAGAAGGUGUUCCGCCGCCGAUAGCAGAGAGUGUACGGGACUCGAUAUCCUCCAAUGGGUCGUGGAUGCGUCGGCUUUCGUUGCGGCCCUCGUCACAGCAGGGUAGCCCCAGGUCUAGCCUUGGACCCGACUCGUCUUCAUUCAAGAGCUGGGUUAACGGGUCAGGCGGCCCAGCACUAUCACCGAUUUCCGCUCAGCCGUCUCAAAUACCACCAAAUAAGCUUGUGAAGCGUACCCCUUCCUCGACGCAGACCAAUGGCAAAGAAGGCGGUUUAUUAUCAAGGAGGGGAUCCCGGUCCCAUAUGCCUUCAUUACGCCGGCCAGCCACGAGUCAUCAGAGGUCGGCAACUUUAGCACAAAUGCAAUUCCAGGAGGUUGUCUCGGAUAUGCCGUCUGCACCGCCCAUGUGCUCACUUGAACAGACUAGGAGGCCCAGCCUCUCCGUGAAGACACCGCUCGAAAUUCCAGAGGAGGAGCCAUCGAUGUGGAACUGGAGCUCCUACUUUCACUCCAAAGUGCUGGAUAGUUCGGGGACCAAAGGAGGCUCUGAGACAUUUGUCGAGGCCGCCAGUCCGGGACCUAGUUUGCUUCCCAGAAAGAGUUUACAUGUUCGCAAGGGGAGCAUGCCACGUGCAUAUCUGAUCAACACGGCGAUGAUGACGAGCGCGAAUGCAUCAAACUCUCCGGAUCCGCUGAACCUUGGACCAGCCACCGCCACACCCUCCCCGCUCCCACCGCCCCUGGCUGUCGAUCAAGCUAGCGCAAGCGCUUUGGCCGACUCUCCUUCGACCCAAUCAAAUGGUCCAUCGGGCAGCCCCGAAGAAACGCCUUCGAAACGGCCGCGACGGUCGAUUUCGAUGCACUUUAGCUCUCCAACUAGCUGGAUUUCCAAGACAGGUAGCAUACGACGCCAGAAGAGGGGCUCCAACCAGAAAAGUGGAGGUGGGCGGAUUGUGUCAGCGCCAAUUCGCACCACUUCCCCAAUUCAGCCUCAGAUUUGCGUCAAGCAGGAUUUUGUGCACUCGCAUUCUCCGCCCGCAUUUCCUGUUAAGGACCAUGCAGGCACACCCAUGAUCUUGGACACACCUACUUCGUUGCACACCUCUCGCGCAGCCACUCGCCAACGCAACUCGUCCUCUCCUCUCCCAACACCCUCACCGCUGUCGAGCUUAAACUUUGACCCAUAUCCGUUUGGGGCCUCGACCGCUACUACCUCACCCCGCAGACCAGAGACGCUUAUGCCGUCCUCCCACUCCUUGCAGCCCAGCCCUAUCCUGUCGUCGUCGUCGCGAUUUCCUUUGACAACCCAUAGUCGUGAUGUGUCCAACGAGAGGGCGUCCACGCUAGCAGGGUCUGAUUCUGAAAUGAGGACUUUUUCUUCUGGAGAUGACGAUGACACAGACCUCAAGAGUGACACCUUGUACGACUCUUUUCGCACCACAGGCUCGGCUCGCAUCAGGGAUGUCGACACGCCACUGGAAUCCAUGUUCGACGAGUCACCGCCUAGCACAGCAGGUAACUCCAAGACCAAGCGCCUCUCCAUCCAGGAAAUUCUUGGUCGGUCGUGGGAUGGCGACACAAAGAUCAUGGAGGAGGAUGAGGGGGCUUCAACACCAAUGCGAAUCAACGAUUCUCCCAAGCGCGAUAUCGACUUUAUGGCCUGCGAUGAUCUUUCCAGCAAACUCACUGGACGGACGAUAGACAUCUCCCUCACCAAUCGCGACAUGGGCCGCAUGUCUCUGGACGACGAUGACGACUUUGACUGGGCACGUGACGACGAGAAUGGACUCUCAAAUCACCUAUCACCCCCGUUGAGUUCCAUGAACCUGAGGGGAGCCAGCCCAAAUCUUCGACUCGCUCUGUCAGAUAUCAGCGGCAACAGCAACUUCGACUUUGCUCGUAGCGAUGCCGGAAGUGAGCGGCCAGAAAGGCCGCGAAGUAAUGUAUUUGACUGGAGCGAGCCACCUAGCCACGAAAGACUGGACUUGGAUGGACCUUCUCCGAGACCUAAAACGGUGCAUGGAAAGCAAGAGAUGGACGUGAGGGGUGGUCGGGCAUCUAACCGCAAAGGCCCCACGGCUGCACACAUUCGGAGCCAGAGCGUUCCAGUUGUCCCUGACCUCACCGAGCCUGUCAAAACUAACAACAAGUUCCGUACUUGGGCAUCGGGACAGAUGAAUGUCAGUGAAGACUGGGAGGACGACUUUGACUUUGACGAAGGUCCGGCCAGCCCCCAGGAGGGAGACAUGUCAUCGUCUUCAUUUGCCAUGAUCGUUCCUGCGUCUAUCCAGGCCACGCAGCCUACCGUCAAGGCGCACUCCGGCCAAAUUCGCGAGCUCUCCCUCUUGGUUAAUGGCCUCAAACGUUUGUGUCGGCUCGGUCGGGAACUGAAGCUGAUGGAUGAAUCUGCUGAGUUGUGGCGAGAGGCUGAGAACAUCAUCAAGCUGGCAUCUCCCGAUGAAGACGAAGAAGGAAACUUGACCGAAGAGGUCGAAGGUUCCAACAAAUCUGAUAUAUCGUCAACCAACGAUCACUUCGUUGACGAAGGCUUUGACUCUGACGCUGUGGGCUACGCAGGGGAUGUGGCCGUGCUGCCAAUGCCCGAUAUGUCAAAGACAGCGGUAGUGCGCGAGCGCGAGGUUGUGCGCAGGCGAUCCGUCUUUGCUCCGGAAGACGACAUCUUUGGGGGAUCAUGGCCGUUAUCUGACGAGCCCAAAGUAUCGCGACCGGCAACCCCCAACCACGACCGCGAGACGAAUACACCAGACAGUGCCAUGAUCUCAUCAGUCAUGGAGGCCAUGCAACAGCAACGACGCUCAUCAUCUGCUCCUGUGAAAGGAAGUCCUAGGAAGACUACACCAGGAAGCAACUCCGAGCUUUUCUUCGACACAAACAGUCUUCAGGAGCUUGUAAAGCAGGCAAACGUCUUGUUUCACAACCUUUCAGACAUUGUUCGCCGCGCAGAACUUAUUACACAAAGUCCGGUUAGCACGCCCAAGCGUGAGAAGCACCUGAGACGUGAUGGCAGCCCUGCCUUCACACGAGUUUUCACCGACCCAUCCGCAGUACCUCUUACCCCUCCAAAAUCUCAUAGGCUACUGAAGAGCCAAAGCAAUAACUCGGUGAACGGUGGGCGACCGUCAAUCGAAUCUAGAGGAUCCCCUGCCAAUGGGUUAAGCCAGCGGAUGCAGAUGAUGACUGUGAGCUGA